CACAGCUUGACUAUGACGGAAGCGGCUAGCGAAGCUGGUGGUACCAGCGGUGCACUCCCACCGAAGGAAGGCGAUAUCUCAACUACUGACAAGACCACCAUCAACAAAGAACAAGAGACAGAAAUUCCAGGUGCCGGAUCUGACGCGAUUCAUGAUCCAGAGAAACCUCAUGGCAAGGAGAAAGAUGGGUCCGAUAGCAGUCCAGAAGAUGGACCAAAGAAAGAGGUGAAGGGGAAUGAUGGAGGAGGAAAAAAGGACGAAGAGGAAAAGAGCGUGGCAGAGGAAGAAAAUGUAAUCAGUGUUUUGCCAGUGAAGAACAAACCGGAAGAAGCUUAUCAGGAACCUGGGAGACCGUUCCGGCGUUUUAAAGAGUCCUUGUCAGAAUAUCACAAGCGGUUGUGGAAAGUGGAGGUUGAGCGUACGGACAUGGUAGCUUGGAGAAAACGAGACCUUUGGUUAUCUCCAACUUAUCCUUUACCAAUCAUCGAGGUUUUCUACCACCGAAAGCCUGAUGAUUCGAGUCAACCGCCAGACGCAGCUAACACGACUGAGUCAGUCGCGAAUGAAGCCAACGAAGAUACAGACGAAUUAUUUCGAAGGUCGAAAAACGUCCACAGAAUCGCGAUUCACUCGGAGCAGAUCAUUGAAGAGUUGGAUAUGAUCUUAGGUGUUUCUACUAUCCGGUACCCUCUAGCUAUCUCUCCGCCGUACAAGUAUCUUGUGUGCACAUAUCCGGGCAUACCUGCUCGGCUAGCGAAGCUCCGAGAGGAGAUCGAGGUAGCAAACGGCAAAAUUGACGAGAAAAAGUCACAGCUACCCAAGGAAGUCGUCGAAAAUGAGUCAGCGGACAAGACUUCUGAAGAUUCACCUAUUUCACCCAAAACAGAUGUAAAAGAACCAUCGUUGGUAGCCCCGAAGGGCGACGAGGGAAGUGAUGAUGAUUCCGCUUCCGAAUCAGAUUCUGCGCCUGAUAUCAAAAUCAAAGACCAGAUCAAGGCAGAAACUGAGCAACGAGACCUGCUUGAAGAUCGGUACAGCCAUCUGAAGCUUCUGUACGAUUUCGUCUCGAAAGAGCUUGCCUUCGUCUUCGAGUUUCGGAAAAAGAUUGUCGAAGGCACACUGACAAAAAUCCGAUUCGAUGAUUUAUGGCAUCUUUUCAUGCCAGGUGAGAGAAUCUUCUCGGAUGAGAAUGGAUUCAAGCAGCUGUAUACUGUGUACUCUGUAACAGGUGGCUUGCCACUUUUGCGACGCCCAAAUGCCCAAGAGAUCACAUACAUGGACCAACUACGCGAUAAGGUCAGGUAUUGGGCUCCACCCCCGGCACCUUUCGAAAAAGACGAAGAAGAGCACAUUGAGCAGUUGCUUCGGGGCGAAAGCCCAAGUAAGGACUCAUGGACACCAUUGAAGAUAGACUGCUACUACGUGGCAUUUGACGGCGAAUACUGCGGACCAGUCGACCAAAGCAGAAAGAUUGCUCCCUAUACCGGCGAAAUCGACAUUGUGGACCUUCCGUUCUUCCCUCUACGAUUCCACCCAGAACAUCAAAUCCUUCUUCGUGAUCUGGAAUCACGUGGACGCAAGGUGCUGUUUUCUAGUGGACACAAGAGCUAUGAGGGCUACACGCUUGCAAUGAAGCGCACCGAUAGCCGUGUCGAAGUACAGAGCGAUGUCUAUAUUGAUUUCCAGGCCUAUUAUAAUGAUGUUCCAGAUAAAAAACCAAGAGUCGGAAGACUUUUGAGGACUAGGCAGGAUUUUGCCUUGGUGGAAGAGAGCAGCUAUCAAUUCUUCAUUCCUUUGAGCGGACACGAGAUCGAUACAAUGCUAUCUGACGAAUACCUGACGAAGAACCGGAAGUCACUAGAGCGGGUCAAGCCCGUCGAAGAUAAACUCGACGCAGAAUAUCUUCGUCUGUUGCCACAUUAUGCGUUGGGAUAUAUAUUUCAGCUGAGGAGGUGGGAAUAUCUGGACAUCGACUUGGUCAAAGACAUCGACCAAGAAUCAGCAGAAGCGAGAGCCGCAGGUUUCAACGACCUUGUCAUUCCCAAGCGAUACCGCGACUUACUCGUUGCUCUUGUGGACUCCCACGUGUCAGGACUAGAUCGUGGCAAGGCAAAAUCGAAAAAGACACCAACGCAGGUUGACUUGGUCAGAGGGAAAGGUCAAGGCCUAAUCGUUCUACUGCAUGGUCCUCCUGGAUCUGGUAAAACGAGUACUGCGGAAACAAUUGCAGCAUAUACUCGCCGCCCGUUAUACUCAAUCACUUGCGGCGAUCUUGGCACUCAAGCUGUUUUGGUGGAGGCCAAUCUCUUGACUCACACCAAAAGAGCGGAUAGAUGGGGUUGUGUACUACUCUUGGAUGAGGCCGACGUUUUCCUCGCCCGUCGUGACUGGAACAACAUGGAACGCAAUGCCUUGGUAUCAAUAUUUCUCCGUCAGCUAGAAUACUACGGCGGUAUCCUCUUCCUGACCACCAACCGCCUCGGCGGCAUCGACGAAGCCUUCAAAUCCCGCAUCCACAUCUCCCUCCGCUACCCCAGCAUCGAUCUCACCUCCACCCGCCAAAUGUGGACCAACAUCAUGAAACGCCUCGAAAAAGACAACAAGGAAACUGACGUAAAAGUCCUCUUCGACGAAGAAUCCCUCCUCGAAUUCGCACAGACGCAUUUCGAGAAAUGCAAAAAGGAAGGAGUGACUUGGAACGGUCGGCAGAUCCGCAAUGCGUUCCAAACCGCGCUGGCAUUGGGCCACUACGACCGCCUUUCCAAGAUCAAAGAAGCGGGCCUGACGGUUGAAGAGGCCAUGGCGUCGGGGAAGAAGAAGUGGCGCAGUGUUAAGUUGACCAAGGCGAAUUUCCAGAAAGUGGCUAGGACGUCCAAGGAGUUUGAGGAGUAUAUUGCUGCGGUGCGUGGGCAGGAUGAUAAGAACGCCAUCGAUGAUGAGUUGAGGCGCGAUGAUUAUGAUGCCGAACGGCCGAAGGCUAGGAAGUCGUAUUCGAAAGCGCAGAAGGGGAAGAAGGCAGUGAGGAAAGAGCAGGUUUCUUCUGAGGAUGAGGAGGAUGAGGAUGAGGAUGAACAGGACAGUGAAGAGCUUGGCGAUGAGGACGAUGAUGAUAGUGAUUGA